AGUAGAGGACGCCGGUCGCUGUCGCUUGUCGACGGUAAAAUUGAAAAUCGGCCAUUUUAUAUUUUCACUGAGUCGGUGUCGCAUUUGUUAUUAACAAAUUAACAAUACAUUUGCUGUUUCCACUUUUCUAAACCUAUAAGUUUGUGCAUAACUGCUGAAAAAAUUAUAAAUUUAACUUGCUUUGAGAUCUUUCAAUAAGUGCAUACACUGUUUGUGCGAAAAAAUGGCGAACCGUCGCCCUCAAGGAGGUGGUAGGCGCAUGGAUUUUGGCCGCAACGAUCGAUCGAAGAAUUUUCGUGGUGGUGUUUCACCAUGGCAAGGUGGCGGCCCGGGCGGUGAUCUUCCGAACCUCCUUCCUCUGGGAGGUGGCCCCACUGAAGCUACUCUGGCUCUUGCUAGCAACAUUAUCAACCUUCUCCAACCGCGUCAGAAUCCGGUGCCUUCCUUACUCGACAUGCCUAUGCGGCGUGAUUUUGGUCCAAACAUGAAUCGGUAUGACCGAGGUUAUGGACCAAAUAGGAUGGGCAAUCAAGGUAAUUUCCGGCGUACGGGAAAUUACAAUCGUGCUGGUGAGCGUAUCAACAAUCGUAAGCCGUUCAGGCCCAAUGAUGGGCCAAGACAACAAAACAAGAGCUCCCCGAAAAAGGAUGCCGAUUCAAAGGCUAAGCCUGUUAAGGACAGCGAGGAAAACAAUGAUUCUGAUAAGCCGGAAAAAUCUGAAGAGGACAAGAAAGAUACUCCGAAAACACGCUAUGAUGAUAUCAACCCGCAACUACUGAAGUGCCACAUCUGUAACAAGAGUAUGUGGGAUGGAAGGUCAUUUGAAAAUCAUCUCAGUGGUCGAGCUCAUGCCAUUAUGAUGCAAAAGACUGCAGAGAGUUAUGCUCUCACUGCUGAUACUAUGAGGCAAGAAUUCAAGAUACGAGAAAUGAAACGGACUCGUAAAGCGGGGCAGCAGCCGCCGCGCGACUUCUACUGCGCCAUGUGCGACAUGUACGCGGCCGACGGUGCCAUCCACCGCACCACGGUCGGACAUCGCAAGCUCAAGAAGUACCUGCACCCCACCUGCACCUCGUGUCACAAGGAGAUGCCCACCAGGAUCGAGCUGGACGAACAUCGUCUCACUGCUGAGCAUUUGAAGAAUAUGCAGGAUAAGCAGGAGGUCAUCUCCAAGCCGAAACCAGAAGUGAUGAUAAUAUCAACUCUGAAUAUGGAGCAGAUGUACCUUCGUGAUGACAGACAACGUUGGAAGCGCGGAGAGCGACAAGAUCGGGACAAGGAUGAGGCAGAGAAGGACAGUGAGGCUAAGAAGGAGGAAGGUGAAGUCGAAAUUAAGAAGGAACAAGAAGAUGUUGAAGUUAAGCAGGAGCCAGAAGUGAAGAAAGAGAGCCUUGAUAAUGAAACCACAAUCCUGGACUUCAAAGAGGGAGAUGACAUUACCAAUAUGACUGCUGAAAUGUUGCCCGUUUACAGCACGGAGCGCGGCGUGGGGCGCUCGUUCCUAUCGCCCUUCAGCUGCGUGCAGUGCACGCUCUGCCGUAAGCUGCUGGACAGCGACGAGACCGCCGAGGUGCACCUGCGCACCUGGCGCCACCACCAGCUUUUCGUGCGCCUGCUGGGCGACAAGAGCGGCAACCAGGUACUUAUACAACCAACAGCAGAGAGUAGUAAGCGGGCGAUCAAUAAUGACGAUUCUGGUACAUGGAAGAGACGCAAGACAACCCGUGACGAUGAAGAGGAAGAACAAAAAGAACAGAAUGGACAUGAGAGUACUGUUAAAAAAGAGCCAGUAGAGACCGAAGCAGAAGUUGAAACUAAUUUGUUCAAUGAAGAUGGUGAUCUCCCCGCUGCUGAUGACCUUGAGGACUGGGAGCAGUCGGUAGAUGAGAUACUUUACGAUGAGAACAAACGCGAAGACAAACCAGAGGAAAAAGCAGAACCACCAGUUGAAGAAGAACCAAAAGCUGCUGAGCCCGAAGAAGUAAAAGCAACUCCUCCACCAACCGCUCAACCGAAGUCUUCACCCACGGGUCGUGGCAGAGGGCGCCGUCGUUAUUAGACGCAUUGAUUGUUUGUUCAUUGGACAAUCAUAAUAUCACUCCCAUACAUUUUAUAAAUCAUAAUAAGGCAACAGUACCGUCUGGUUAUCUCUACUGCGAGAUUUCACGUAAUUAUCAAAGUUACUGCAGAGAGAAACAUAUGAAACAGCAUGUAGAACGGCAAAAUGCCGAUUCACUUUUUGAAAAUUACAUUUACGUUAUAUAACUGUGAUGAAAUUCACCCAUCAGCUUAUUGCAAGAACUCAUUAAUUCAAAAAAGUGACAUUUGUGCGUUUAUAAUAAAUUAAUAUGUAUUAUGACACAUUUUUUUUUUUAUCAGAUAUACUUUUGACAGCUUUGGUCAGAUUUGAUUGUAACAGAAUGCGAGCUUACAUUUAUUCUAUGUUAAGGAUUAACAAGG